AUGUUUUUUGCCAAUGUCCUUGUCGGCGUCUUAGCCGCUCAAGCCGUAUCGAACAAUGGAGGGUCAAGCCCUGCGCAAGCCGGCAAGUACGCAGCCUUAAUGGCUGCUGCAGCCCUGCCCGUCUCUGGUGCACCUUUGAUGGGUCUCAUUGAACCCAGAACGCCCCAUCACAAGAGAGGCCAAAACGCCCAAGGUGGUCAAGGGAGACAGAACGACGAUCAAGACCAAGAUGAUCAAAACGACCAGGAGAACGACGACGACCAAGAUGACGAUAACGAACAAGGCGGUCAACAGAAUAACAAUGGUCAGAAUAAUCAAGAUGGCAAUGGUCAGGGCAACGAUGACCAAGAAGAUGGCCAGAACGAUAACCAAGACAAUGGUAAUCAGAACGGAGCAGAGAAUGGCAACCAGGGAAACAACCAGGGCAAUGAUCAAGGCAAUGAUCAGGGUAACGGAGGUCAACAAGGCGACAAUGCCGGCAAUUCUGCAACGGAGACUCUUAUCACCGAAACCCAGACUGAUGCCGCUGCUGUCGAGACGCAGACUGAUGCUGCCAACGCCACACAGGAUGCUGCUGCUACUGAAACAGCUGCUCUUACUGAGACUGGAGCUGCCAAUGGGACGGCUGCCGCUACAACUACUGAUGCCGCGGCCACAGCUGCCCCUACCGCUUGCAAGGCAAAGAACAACAAUGGCAACAACAAUGGCAACAACAAUGGCAACAACAAUGGCAACAACAAUGGCAACAACAAUGGCAACAACAAUGGCAACAACAACGGUAACGGCAAUGGUAACGGCAAUGGCAACGGCAAUAAUGGCAAUGGAAAUGGUAAUGGACAGGAUAAUGCCGAUGAUAACCAGAACGGUGAUGACAACGAAAAUGACAACGCUGGAGACGCCACUAACGAUAACGGUAACAACGGCGAUGCCGCUGGGGAUGCCGCUGGUAACGACAACGCUGGUGGAAACAACGGAAAUGGCGACAACAACGAUGAUGCUGCUCAAGGAGAUAACGCAAACGACAAUGGCGGCAACGCAGCAGACAAAGCUGGUAACGACAACAACGCCGACGGUAACAAUGCAGCGGACGAUGCUGCUCAAGGUGGUAACGACGCGGGCAACAAUGACGACGACGCGUCAGAGGACGACGCCAAGGCAGGUGGUAAUGCAAAGGACAAUGCAGCCUGCAACGCUAAGCGCGGUAUUCUCGGCGAUAUCCUUCAGAAUCUGCAAGGAGGUGCUGCUGCUGGAGGUGAUGCCGCAGCUGAUUGCAAUAACUAA